AUGUCCAAGCUCGUCUGGUGGCCCUUCAUCAUCGCUUAUGUUUCUUCAAUCGUGUUGGGGCAACCUUCGGUCGACGCGCCGUAUACCGUCACCAAAGGCGAGACCACGACAUUGGGCUGGUCAGGCGAAUCUGAGUCUUUAAAAAUUUCGUACGUAUCAUCUUUCUCCGACGUUAUCGCUGCUCACCAAUACCGAAUAGUAUUGUCGCCGGAGAUGAUCCAUCCGCUUCCCCUCUCGCCGUUGAAAUUGGGUCGACGAGCGAGCGAAUUCUCCAAUACCAGUGGCCACUCAACCCCAUCGAUAACGGCAAAUACCCAAGUUGCAGCAGCAGUACAUGAUGUCAAUGGAGAAGGGGCUCGAUCUGCGCUUGUCCCUGUUAUUGCCUGA